AUGUUACGUAGAAUCUUCGUCAAGACUGUUCUUUGCGGGGCGCAUACCGCCCGAGCGGCUGGAGCGUCCCGAGCAUCCGGGGUCGCCCCCGGGGGCGCCGCCGGAGCCCUAAUUGCCGCCGGCGGAGCGCUAACCGCGGGGCGGGGCGGUAUGUCGGCUAAUGACGACGGAAUUGGAAGAAUGCUCCGCGAUCGAGUCCCCACACCUGACCACCCCACCCGUGUAGAAGACGUCAUGGCACACUUGGCAACGAAUUGUCCACCACCCCAUGCUUCGAGUGACCUUAACAUUAGCGGAGUCCGCAUCGAUUUUUUAGCCCCCGAGCGCUCGGGAGCCUACGCGGAUCGGUUUAAAGUCACGCGAGCGACCGUGCAGACAACUUUACUCGUUCGCUCCACCGCGUGCCCCUUUAUGCCGCCCGUGCACGCCACGAUCGCGUAUUUUUGCACGUUUCGACGUUUCAGCUUCGAAACGUGUGUA